GACGUCAGGCCUCUGCAGCUCUCACCACUCCUCACUAUAAUGAUCAACACUUACCAGACCAGCCUUGCUCCACCACCGGUGCCUCCACGCAGCAGGUCCCAACCGGUCCUCAUCCCAGCUUCUCUUCCAUCAAGGGGCCACAACAAGGUUCUCAUCCGGUUUUUGGUUGGCGUAGUGGUGCUGCAUUUAUUUCUUUCACUUGCAGGAUUCUUCUACCUGUACUAUCAUGAACAUAUGGGAAACCGUUUCUCAACUGAAGGAAAAGAUGGCUCUCCCUCAUCAGAAAAACAGAAAAUGGACAAACAGGACACGUUCUAUAAACCCUCAGCACGCAUGGCAGUUCAGAAAGCAGAAAAACCAAAUUCAUCGGGUUAUCUACAGUGGGACACGAGGCACUCCGUUCUUAGAGUCAUCAACUAUUACGAACAGAGUUGGCUGACUAUCCCACAGGAUGGUGAUUACUACAUCUACUCCAGAGUGACCUUCUCCAAGGAGCACUCUGUGAAGCCACUGGCCAGCCUGGUCAAGCUGAGGAAACAUGCUGCAGAUAAAGAUGUGAAGGAUAUAAUGAAGGCCUACUGUUACCUGAGCAGUACAAAGAACCCUCACAUGUGCACAGCCAGUCAGGGAGAUGUGAUUACACUGGAGAAAGGAAACCAACUCGGUCUCUGGGUACAAGACCUCUCACUUGUGGACUAUGAAGAAGGCGCAACAGUCUUUGGGAUAUACAAACUGUAGGACUCCAAUAUGGGCACAUGCAUAAAUCUAAGCAGGAACUCAUUAAGGGAAUGGACUUGGAUCUAUCAAUUGAUAACACUGUUGAAUAGGCUGGCUCAAACAUAUAUGGGGAUUCAUUUGAAUUUAAGAGACAAACAUAAUUUAUAUAAUUUUUUUAUUGUUUUAUUUUUGU